CCCUAGGGUCUUGGUCGUCACUGCUCUUGGAUCUGGUUUCUUUUGCUCGACGAUCUCGCCCUGCGUUCCACACUUCACAUUGUCGAUUUCGAUUGCUCGCUUGGCACAUUGGAUCCGCAGCGGAUUUGGCUUCUUGCGAUCGCGUUUAGUUUUUGAUCAGGCUUGCGGGAUUGGAAGAACUGAAGUAUGGCGUCGAGGCGAGCGAUUAAUCCAUCUCGACGCGUGGCUGAUAGCGGAAGCAUUCCGCUCGUCAGCUCACUACAUCAAAAGUCAAGGAAUUCGCCCCUAGUAUCUGUUGCAUUGGUUAUUCUGGGUGCUUUACUUCUCAUUGGUUACUCAUUUAGAGGCUCAGGUGGAUUUGCUGGUAACAAGGAAGCUAUAAAUAUUGGUCAAGGUGUUUCCUGCACAUCAGAUGUUCUACAAGCUAUACCUAUUCUAAAGAAAGCUUAUGGAGAUAGCAUGCGAAAGGUUUUGCAUGUAGGUCCUGACUCUUGUGCGGUGGUUUCUAAACUGUUGAAAGAAGAAGAUACUGAAGCAUGGGGUGUGGAACCAUAUGAUUUGGAAGAUGCUGAUAGCAGCUGCAAAAGCCUUGUGCGCAAAACCUUUGUGCGUGUAGCUGAUAUCAAGUUCCCACUACCAUACAGGCCAAAAUCAUUCUCCCUUGUCAUUGUCUCAGAUUCGUUAGAUUAUUUAUCUCCAAAGUACCUUAACAAGACCCUUCCAGACCUCGCAAGGGUUUCAGCAGAUGGUCUUGUUAUAUUCACUGGUUAUCCAGGUCAGCAGAGGGCCAAGGUUUCUGAGCUAGCAAAAUUUGGAAGGCCGGCCAAAUUAAGAAGUUCAUCUUGGUGGGUAAGAUAUUUCGUUCAGACUGGCUUGGAAGAGAACGAAGCUGUUAUGAAGAAGUUUGAGGAAGCUUCAAGCAAGAGUUCUUAUAAACCAAGCUGCCAAAUUUUUCACGUCAGCUCAUAGAAAGCAUCAAAUUUUGGGAGGCCUCCUUUACUAGAACCGAAUACUACGGUGUAGAUCUCAUUUGUGACAGACUGUUGCUGGCUAUUAAAUUUGGUUAUGUUAAUUGACACUACUUCCUCAAAUUGUAGAUCUUCUAUUUUUGUUAUAAUUAAAAUGAUGGAAUGCUAUAAUUGACUUA